GCUGCCGGUCGGAUGCCCUACUCAGAUUUUGGGCGUUGCUCUAAUUUGCGCAUUGCCACCGCGCACACUCAUGCACUACACUAGGCAGAAGCAACCGGUAUAUUCGAUGACUAUUGUCCGAAGAAUUGUUAAUCUGGUUCUCUCAGCGAUUGUCUUGGGUGCGAGCGCCACCCAACAGGGAGAUGCGAUGACGAUGCUCGGUGGUCGGUAUGCAAAGCAUUUGCAGUUCUGUGUUGAUUCGCAGUAUUAUUUUGUUUUGACAAACGAUCGGCAACUAGUUUUUGCGCUGGCAUAAAAAAUUCUUCCUCGCCCAACUUCCCCGCAGCCAAGUUCCAGGUGUUCCACUAUUAGGCAGGUGGAUAAGGAUUGUGGAGACA